AUGACAGGACCAAUGUCAGGGUAGACCACCUAGACAGCAACAUGACAGGACCAAUGUCAGGGUAGACCACCUAGACCGCAACAUGACAGGACCAAUGUCAGGGUAGACCACCUAGACAGCAACAUGACAGGACCAAUGUCAGGGUAGACCACCUAGACAGCAACAUGACAGGACCAAUGUCAGGGUAGACCACCUAGACAGCAACAUGACAGGACCAAUGUCAGGGUAGACCACCUAGACAGCAACAUGACAGGACCAAUGUCAGGGUAGACCACCUAGACAGCAACAUGACAGAAUAAGGCUGUAACGUAACAAAAUGUGGAAAAGGGUCUGAAUACUUGGGUCCGAAUGCACUGUAUAUCGAAUUCAUUCAAAUUAAUGUUUUUGCGCGAUAUUCCAAAAGCCUGUAUCGCAAGAAUCAAGGUUUUGUUCUGCACCUUCACAUUUACACCAGAGAUCUGAAUAUAAUGACAGAUGCUCAUGUCUCCGCCCUGUGGUGGGAAGGCAGGCCACAAGCUUGUUGAUAUGCCACAACUGUCAGGUGGAUUAUUUUGGCAAAGGAGAAAUGCUCACUAAAAGGGAUGUAAACAAAUUUGUGCACAAAAUUUGAGAGAAAUAUGCUUUUUUGUGCGUAUGAAACAUUUCUGGGAUCUUUUUAUUUCAGCUCAUGAAACACGAGACCAACACUUUACAUGUUGCGUUUAUGUUUUUUGUUCAGUGUAUAUGGACGACGUCGUUUUUAUUGGUCUGUUUGACAGCGUCAGCAGAGUAGGCUACCCUGUAAUUUGUUGUAUUAAAAAAUAUUCUGCUAAUGUCUCCAGUCAUAUAAAGUGUAGUAGAAUUGCAUGAAAUGUGUUUUUCCCGUGAAAAGACAGAAUACAUCUGAUAACCCAGGCCUACACUAUACACACUCAGCCAGGUAUUGAAUGGUAUUUUUUUGCGAACAGUGAAUUUAAGUUAUUAUUAGCCUACAUUAUGACUAUCCAAUCUACUCAUCACAUUAUGACUAGAAGGCUAUUUUACAUAAGUCUGCAAGUGUGAUGAUGCAUGGAAUGCUGUAUUAUAAAGGUGAAUUGUUAUGGUGAAAAUGCAUAGGUUAGUGAUUUUGCUGUUCGUUACUCGUCUUGUUGGCUGAGGAAGUAAAUGUGGACAGUUAUUUAAAUUUUUUUACCCCUUUUUCUCCCCAAUUGGUAGUUACAGUCUUGUCCCGUCCCGCUGCAACUCCCGUACGGACUCGGGAGAGGCGAAGGUCGAGAGCCACGCGUCCUCCGAAACACGAACUCUGCCAAGCCUCACUGCUUCUUGACACACUGCUCGUUUAACCCGGAAGCCGCACCAAUGUGUCGGAGGAAGCACUGUACAGCUGGCGACCGUGUCAGCGUGCAUGCGCCCGGCCCGCCACAAGGAGUCGCUAGAGCGCGAUGGGACAAGGACAUCCCGGCCGGCCAAACCCGCCCCUAACCUGGACGACCAAUUGUGCGUCGCCUCAUGGGUCUCCCGGUCGCGGCCGACUGCGACACAGCCCAGGAUUGAACCCGGGUCUGUAGUGAUGCCUCAAGCACUGUGAUGCAGUGCCUUAGACCGCUGCGCCACUCGGGAGGCACCGUGGACAGUUAUUCUAACAUCUUAAAACUUGCAUGUUCUGUUAAGAUGAAUUACCAUAAUCUACAGUGGGGAGAACAAGUAUUUGAUACACUACAGAUUUUGCAGGUUUUCCUACUUACAAAGCAAGUAGAGGUCUGUAAUUUUUAUCAUAGGUACACUUCAACUGUGAGAAUUUAAAACAAAAAUCCAGAAAAUCACAUUGUAUGAUUUUUAAGUAAUUAAUUUGUAUUUUAUUGCAUGACAUAAGUAUUUGAUCACCUACCAACCAGUAAGAAUUCCGUCUCUCACAGACCUGUUAGUUUUUCUUUAAGAAGCCCUCCUGUUCUCCACUCAUUACCUGUAUUAAACUGCACCUGUUUGAACUCGUUACCUGUAUAAAAAAAACCUGCAAAAUCGGCAGUGUAUCAAAUACUUGUUCUCCCCACUGUAAAUGUGAUUACUGUCAUUCUGAGCACUGUGGGUUGAAGCCCUAAUCAUGUUAAGCACCCAAUGCAUAUGGGUCCGGUUCAAUUUCUCAAAUGUCCUGUAAAUUAAAAUGCCGCCGUUCAAGGCGCUAGUGGAGAACGCUGCGCUGCGCUGCGUUGCGCCUGUCGUACUGUAUGAUGAAUGCACUAACUAACCAACUAACUGUAAGUCACUCUAGAUAAAGAGUGUCCGCUAAAUGACUAAAAAAAUGAUUUGUUUUGCUGCAGACACUGGCUGGUGAUCACUGAGGAGGAUGGUCAUUUCGUGACGGGCAGACAGGAGCCUCGCCUUGUUCUGGUCUCUCUGACCAGUGAGGGGGGUCGGACGAGUCUGAACGGACCAGACAUGGAGGAGCUCAGGUUCCCCUUAAUGCAGCCCAACAACCCUGUCAUCAACUGCAGGUGUGAGGAGCAGCUGCAGCCCACUUGCCACUGGCUCUGAGUAAAGCUUGUGUGUCUACGUACGCGGAUGACUCAACACUGUACACGUCAGCUACCACAGCGAGUGAAAUCACUGCAACACUUAACAAAGAGCUGUAGGCAGUUUCAGAAUGGGGUGGCAAGGAAUAAGUUAGUUCUAAAUAUUUCCAAAAAAAAACUAAAAGCAUUGUAUUUUGGGACAAAUCAUUCACUAAACCCUAAACCUCAACUAAAACUUGUAAUGAAUAAAUGUGGAAAUUGAACAAGUUGAGGAGACUAAACUGCUUAGAUUAACCCUGGAUUGUAAACUGUCAUGGUCAAAACAUAUUGAUACAACAGUAGCUAGGAUGGGGAGAAGUCUGUCCAUAAUAAAGCGCUGGCCCUAGUUUUGUCACACCUGGACUACUGUUCAGUCAUGUGGUCAGGUACCACAAAGAGGGACUUAGGAAAACUACAAUUGGCCCAGAACAGGGCAGCACGGCUGGCCCUUAAAUGCACACGUAGAGCAUGUCAGAGACUGACUUCAUCACUACUUGUAUUUGUGAGAAGUGUUGACAUGUUGAAUGCACCGAGCUGUCUGUUUUAAACUACUAGCACACAGCUCAGACACCCAUACAUACACCACAAGACAUGCCACCAGGCGUCUCUUCACAAUCCCCAAGUCCAGAACAGACUAUGGGAGAUGCACAGUACUACAUAGAGCCAUGACUACAUGGAACUCUAUUCCACAUCAAGUAACUGAUGCAAGCAGUAGAAUCAGAUUUAAAAUCAGACAGGCCUCCACAAUGGAUCAGUCCACUCAGACAGGAGCCAAUCAGACAGUCCACCACAAUGCAUCAGUCCACUCAGACAGGAGCCAAUCAGACAGGCCUCCACAAUGCAUCAGUCCACUCAGACAGGAGCCAAUCAGACAGGCCUCCACAAUGCAUCAGUCCACUCAGACAGGAGCCAAUCAGACAGGCCUCCACAAUGCAUCAGUCCACUCAGACAGGAGCCAAUCAGACAGGCCUCCACAAUGCAUCAGUCCACUCAGACAGGAGCCAAUCAGACAGGUGUCUUGUACACCAUGAUAUUUAUAUAAAAUGUUUUGCUACUGCUUGACUAAAGAAAUGUCGGUCGACCAGCAGCCCAUCGACCAAACAAUCGACCAGUCGACUAAAUGGGGUCAGCCCUAAUUCUCAUGUUUUUAAAAUUGUAUAUAACUGCCUUCAUUUUGCUGGACCCCAGGAAGAGUAGCUGCUGCCUUGGCAGGAACUAAUGGGGAUCCAUAAUAAACCACAGGAAGAGUAGCUGCUGCCUUGGCAGGAACUAAUGGGGAUCCAUAAUAAACCCCAGGAAGAGUAGCUGCUGCCUUGGCAGGAACUAAUGGGGAUCCAUAAUAAACCCCAGGAAGAGUAGCUGCUGCCUUGGCAGGAACUAAUGGGGAUCCAUAAUAAACCCCAGGAAGAGUAGCUGCUGCCUUGGCAGGAACUAAUGGGGAUCCAUAAUAAACCCCAGGAAGAGUAGCUGCUGCCUUGGCAGGAACUAAUAGGGAUCCAUAAUAAACCCCAGGAAGAGUAGCUGCUGCCUUGGCAGGAACUAAUGGGGAUCCAUAAUAAACCCCAGGAAGAGUAGCUGCUGCCUUGGCAGGAACUAAUGGGGAUCCAUAAUAAACCCCAGGAAGAGUAGCUGCUGCCUUGGCAGGAACUAAUGGGGAUCCAUAAUAAACCCCAGGAAGAGUAGCUGCUGCCUUGGCAGGAACUAAUGGGGAUCCAUAAUAAACCCCAGGAAGAGUAGUUGCUGCCUUGGCAGGAACUAAUGGGGAUCCAAAUAAAUACAAAUACCCCAUCAUUUGCAGGUUGGUUGAUAGACAGUGCUGGAAAUGGACAAAAUCACUCCUGGAGCCUCCUAAAAUCAAUUUUACAUGAUGACAUCACCUCCAGAACCCAUCUCCCUAUGUUCUCUCCUUUCCACCUCUGUCGAUGUGUCAUUUACCCUCCAGUCACCACACUGGAACCUGUUGAGGUUAAUUAGAUCAUUUAUCCUCCAGUCACCACACUGGAACCUGUUGAGGUUAGUUAAGACAGACUGCUCACAACCUUUUAACCAGAGAGGUUUGAAACUGAGAGACGGAGAGAUUAAAAAAUAUACUGGCAUGAUACCUAUAUUCAGUCUUUUUGCUUUAACUGUCUUAACAAAUGUGUAGUUCUUUACAACAGUGCCUUGAGUACAGACAGUGUCUAAUACAAUCCACAUAGUGGCCCCGUCCCAAAUGGCACCUCAUUCCCUAGAUAGUGCACUUCUUUUGCUAUGGUCCUUGGUCAAAAGUAGUCUUCUAAAUGGGGAAUAGGCUGCCAUUUGGGAAGCGGAAAGUGUCUAACUCUGCUGUCUGUGCCCCAGAGUGUUCAGCACAGACAUCCAGGGAAGGGACUGUGGAGAUGAGGCAUCUAGCUGGCUGACCCGCUACCUGGCGGCAGGUAAAACCUUUCGCCUGGUGCACUUUGAACCCCACAUGACGCCCAGGAGAGCAGCGGAUAAGGAGCCUCUCUUUCCUCGCAAUGAAAAGGUAACAGCAUGUUCAGUUAGUGGAUAGAUUUUAAUAUAUUCGAUCAUUCAAAGUAGAAGGCUGCUUCAGCCAGAGAGAAAAUUGCAUACAUUAAAAUGAUCAAGGAUAAAAACACAGGUUUAUUUCCAUUGUGGUCCUCUUAUCACCUAGUUAUCACCUUAUGACUUAGUUGGUGGGUUCGAUAAACAUAGUAAGGUUGUGCUUAAUCCACACCUGCAUUUCCUCCCUUUUUUAAAAGAGGUCUUCUGACCAAUACGGGACUAAGAUCAAUACUAUACCGGCUCUGAUGCUCGUCGGAUGUGGCAGGGCUUGCAAACUAUCACGGAUUACAAAAGGGAAACCCAGCCGCGAGCUGCAAAGUGACGCGAGCCUACCAGACAAGCUAAAUUCCUUCUAUGCUCGCUUUGAUGCAAGCAACACUGAAUCAUGCAUGAGAGCACCAGCUGUUCCGGACGACUGUGUACUCUCGCUCUCCGUAGCCGAUGUGAGUAAAACCUUUAAAGCAGGUUAACAUUCACAAGGCCGCAGGGUCAGACGGAUUACCAGGACGCGUACUCCGAGUAUGCGCUGACCAGCUGGCAAGUGUCUUCACUGACAUUUUCAACCUCUCCCUGUCUGAGUCUGUAAUACCUUCAUGUUUCAAGCAGACCACCAUAGUCCCCGUUCCCAAGAACGCCAAGGUAACCUGUCUAAAUGACUACUGACCCGUAGCACUCACGUCUGUAGCCAUGAAGUGCUUUGAAAGGCUGGUCAUGGCUCACAUUAACACCAUUAUCCCAGAAACCCUAGACCCACUCCAAUUUGCAUACCGCCCCAACAGAUCCACAGAUGACGCAAUCUCUAUUGCACUCCACAAUGCCCACCUGGACAAAAGGAACACCUAUGUGAGAAUGCUGUUAAUUGACAACAGCUCAGCGUUCAACACCAUAGUGCCCUCAAAGCUCAUCACUAAUCUCAGGACCUGAACAUCUCACUCUGAAACUGGAUCCUGGACUUUCUGACGGGCCACCCCCAGGUGGUGAGGGUAGGCAACAACACAUCUGCCACGCUGACCCUCAAUAUGGGAACCUCAUAGGUGCGUGCUUAGUCCCCUCCUCUAUUCCCUGUUCACCCACGACUGCGUGUCCACAUCACUAAGGAAUUAACAUACACACCAACACAGUCAUGAAGAAGGCACCCUCUGGAGGCUGAAAAGAUUUGGCAUGGGCCCUCAGAUCCUCAAAGUUUUACAGCUGCACCAUUGAGAGCAUCUUUACUGGCUGCAUCAUCGCCUGGUAUGGCAACUGCUUGGCAUCCGACCUCAUUGCGCUGCAGAGGGUAGUGCGUACGGCCCAGUACAUCACUGGGGCCGAGCUCCCUGCCAUCCAGGACCAAUAUACCAGGCGGUGUCGGAGGAAAGCCCCCAAAAAUGGUCAAAGACUCCAGCCACCUAAGCCAUAGACUGUUCUCUCUGCUACCGCACGGCAAGCGGUACCGAUGCACCAAGUAUGGAACCAACAGGACCCUGAACAGCUUCUACCCCCAAGGCAUAAGACUGAAUAGUUAACCAAAUAUCUACCCUGACUAUCUGCAUUUGUACUAACUUUUUUGACUCAUCACAUACGCUGCUGCAACUACUGCUUAUUAUCUAUCCUGUUGCCUAGUAACUAUACCCCUACCUACACACUACCGGUCAAAAGUUUUAGAACACCAACUCAUUCGGUUUUUAUUUAUUUUUACUCUUUUCUACAUUGUAGAAUAAUAGUGAAGACAUCAAAACUAUGAAAUAACACAUAUGGAAUCAUGUAGUAACCAAAAAAGUGUUUAAACAAAUCAAAAUAUAUUUUAAAUUUGAGAUUCUUCAAAUAGCCACUCUUUGCCUUGAUGACAGCUUUGCACACUCUUAUUCUACAAUGUAGAAUGAGUAGGUGUGUCCAAACUUUUGACUGGUACUGUAUAUAUACAGUGCCUUGCAAAAGUAUUCAUCCCCCUUGGCGUUUUUCCUAUUUUGCUGCAUUACAACCUGUAAUUUAAAUUGAUUUUUAUUUGGAUUUCAUGUAAUGGACAUACACAAAAUAGUCCAAAUUGGUGAAGUGAAAUGAAAAAAAUAACAUGUUUCAAAAAAUUUAAUAACGGAAAAGUGGUGCGUGCAUAUGUAUUCAACCCCUUUGCUAUGAAGCCCCUAAAUAAGAUCUGGUGCAACCAAUUACCUUCAGAAGUCACAUAAUUAGUUCAAUAAAGUCCACCUGUUUGCAAUCUAAGUGACAUGAUCUGUCACAUGAUCUCAGUAUAUAUACACCUGUUCUGAAAGGCCCCAGAGUCUGCAACGACACUAAGCAAGGGGCACCACCAAGCAAGCGGCACCAUGAAGACCUAGGAGCUCUCCAAACAGGUCAGGGACAAAGUUGUGGAGAAGUACAGGUCAGGGUUGGGUUAUAAAACAAAUAUCAGAAACUUUGAAAAAAAUUGAAAGAAUAUGGCACCACAACAAACCUGCCAAGAGACGGCCGCCCACCAAAACUCACGGACCAGGCAAGGACGGCAUUAAUCAAAGAGGCAACAAAGAGACCAAAGAUAAUCCUGAAGGAGCUGCAAAGCUCCACAGCGGAGAUUGGAGUAUCUGUCCAUAAGACCACUUUAAGCCGUACACUCCACAGAGCUGGGCUUUACGGAAGAGUGGCCAGAAAAAAGCCAUUGCUUAAAGAAAAAAAUAAGCAAACACGUCUGGUGUUCGCCAAAAGGCAUGUGGGAGACUCCCCAAACAUAUGGAAGAAGGUACUCUGGUCAGAUGAGACAAAAAUUGAGCUUUUUGGCCAUCAAGGAAAACGCUAUGUCUGGCGCAAACCCAACACCUCUCAUCACCCCGAGAACACCAUCCCCACAGUGAAGCAUGGUGGUGGCAGCAUCAUGCUGUGGGGAUGUUUUUCAUCGGCAGGGACUGGGUAACUGGUCAAAAUUGAAGGAAUGAUGGAUGGCGCUAAAUACAGGGAAAUUCUUGAGGGAAAUCUGUUUCAGUCUUCCAGAGAUUUGAGACUGGGACGGAGGUUCACCUUCCAGCAGGACAAUUACCCUAAGUAUACUGCUAAAGCAACCCUCGAGUGGUUUAAGGGGAAACAUUUAAAUGUCUUGGAACGGCCUAGACAAAGCCCAGACCUCAAUCCAAUUGAGAAUCUGUGGUAUGACUUAAAGAUUGCUGUACACCAGUGGAAGCCAUCCAACUUGAAGGAGCUGGAGCAGUUUUGCCUUGGAGAAUGGGCAAAAAUCCCAGUGGCUAGAUGUGCCAAGCUUAUAGAGACAUACCCCAAGAGACUUGCAGCUGUAAUUGCUGCAAAAGGUGGCUCUACAAAGUAUUGACUCUAUGGGGGUGAAUAGUUAUGCACGCCCAAGUUUGCUGUUUUUUUUGUCUUAUUUCUUGUUUGUUUCACAAUAAAAAAUAUAUUGCAUCUUCAAAGUGGUAGGCAUGUUGUGUAAAUCAAAUGAUACAACCCCCCAAAUUUUUUUAUUUUAAUUCCAGGUUGUAAGGCAACAAAAUAGGAAAAUUCCAAGGGGGGUGAAUACUUUCGCAAGCCACUGUGUGUAUAUAUAUAUAUAUACAUUUGUAUAUAUACAUAUACAGUGGGGAGAACAAGUAUUUGAUACACUGCCGAUUUUGCAGGUUUUCCUACUUACAAAGCAUGUAGAGGUCUGUCAUUUUUAUCAUAGGGACACUUCAACUGUGAGAGACGGAAUCUAAAACAAAAAUCCAGAAAAUCACAUUGUAUGAUUUUUAAGUAAUUAAUUGGCAUUUUAUUGCAUGACAUAAGUAUUUGAUACAUCAGAAAAGCAGAACUUAAUAUUUGGUACAGAAACCUUUGUUUGCAAUUACAGAGAUCAUACGUUUCCUGUAGGUCUUGACCAGGUUUGCACACACUGCAGCAGGGAUUUUGGCCCACUCCUCCAUACAGACCUUCUCCAGAUCCUUCAGGUUUCGGGGCUGUCGCUGGGCAAUACGGACUUUCAGCUCCCUCCUAAGAUUUUCUAUUGUGUUCAGGUCUGGAGACUGGCUAGGCCACUCCAGGAUCUUGAGAUGCUUCUUACGGAGCCACUCCUUAGUUGCCCUGGCUGUGUGUUUCGGGUCGUUGUCAUGCUGGAAGACCCAGCCACGACCCAUCUUCAAUGCUCUUACUGAGGGAAGGAGGUUGUUGGCCAAGAUCUCGCGAUACAUGGCCCCAUCCAUCCUCCCCUCAAUACGAUGCAGUCGUCCUGUCCCCUUUGCAGAAAAGCAUCCCCAAAGAAUGAUGUUUCCACCUCCAUGCUUCACGGUUGGGAUGGUGUUCUUGGGGUUGUACUCAUCCUUCUUCUUCCUCCAAACACGGCGAGUGGAGUUUAGACCAAAAAGCUAUAUUUUUGUCUCAUCAGACCACAUGACCUUCUCCCAUUCCUCCUCUGGAUCAUCCAGAUGGUCAUUGGCAAACUUCAGACGGGCCUGGACAUGCGCUGGCUUGAGCAGGGGGACCUUGCGUGCGCUGCAGGAUUUUAAUCCAUGACGGCGUAGUGUGUUACUAAUGGUUUUCUUUGAGACUGUGGUCCGAGCUCUCUUCAGGUCAUUGACCAGGUCCUGCUGUGUAGUUCUGGGCUGAUCCCUCACCUUCCUCAUGAUCAUUGAUGCCCCACGAGGUGAGAUCUUGCAUGGAGCCCCAGACCGAGGGUGAUUGACCGUCAUCUUGAACUUCUUCCAUUUUCUAAUAAUUGCGCCAACAGUUGUUGCCUUCUCACCAAGCUGCUUGCCUAUUGUCCUGUAGCCCAUCCAAGCCUUGUGCAGGUCUACAAUUUUAUCCCUGAUGUCCUUACACAGCUCUCUGGUCUUGGCCAUUGUGGAGAGGUUGGAGUCUGUUUGAUUGAGUGUGUGGACAGGUGUCUUUUAUACAGGUAACGAGUUCAAACAGGUGCAGUUAAUACAGGUAAUGAGUGGAGAACAGGAGGGCUUCUUAAAGAAAAAAUAACAGGUCUGUGAGAGACUGAAUUCUUACUGGUUGGUAGGUGAUCAAAUACUUAUGUCAUGCAAUAAAAUGCAAAUGAAUUACUUAAAAAUCAUACAAUGUGAUUUUCUGGAUUUUUGUUUUAGAUUCCGUCUCUCACAGUUGAAGUGUCCCUAUGAUAAAAAUGACAGACCUCUACAUGCUUUGUAAGUAGGAAAACCUGCAAAAUCGGCAGUGUAUCAAAUACUUGUUCUCCCCACUGUAUAUACAUACACAGUACCAGUAAAGAGUAGCCUUUGUGUUUGUUUGUUUACAUUUUUUUAAAUAAUUGCAUGCUACUACCUUUAGCACUUGAAGUUGAUAUGUUCCAAUGUGAAUUAUUUAAGAGAUGGGUUAUUAUUUUUUUCUGAUCUUGGAAAAAAAAAUGGUGUGCCAAAUGACAGAUUUCAGGAGGUUUUCACUCCAUGUGACUCUGGGUUCAACAACACAAAGAGCAGCAUGUCGUAAUUGUUGUUGCUGUGCAAAUCUGUGCCCGUAACAGGUAGGAUCUGAACCCUGGUCUCCCAGUCAGGAAACCAACCACGUAACCAUUAGGCCAAGAGGAAAUUCCUUUUCAGGUCAAGGGUGACACUGCAUUUUAAGUCUUAGGCAGGGCUAUCUCAUCAUGAGAGCUUAUCCAACUUACCUCCACCACAUCCCUAGGUGGUCUACCCUGACAUUGGUCCUGUCAUGUUGCUGUCUAGGUGGUCUACCCUGACAUUGGUCCUGUCAUGUUGCUGUCUAGGUGGUCUACCCUGACAUUGGUCCUGUCAUGUUGCUGUCUAGGUGGUCUACCCUGACCAUUGGUCCUGUCCAUGUUGCUGUCUAGGUUGGUCUACCCUGACAUUGGUCCCUGUCAUGUUGGCUGUAUAUAGGUGGGAUCUACCCUGACAUUGGUCCUGUCAGUUGCGGUCUAGGUGGUCUACCCUGACAUUGGUCCUGUCAUUUGCUGUCUAGGUGGUCUACCCUGACAAUUGGUCCUGUCAUGUUGCUGUCUAGGUGGUCUAACCCUGACAUUGGUCCUGUCAUGUUGCUGUCUAGGUGGUCUACCCUGACAUUGGUCCUGUCAUGUUGCUGUCUAGGUGGUCUACCCUGACAUUGGUCCUGUCAUGCUGCUGUUGUGGUGUCCAAGUCAACGUUGCUAAUUAUGCUGUGAUGAUAAGAAGUCCGCUUACACUGUUCUUUGAUUAUAAAGAUUUAUUGUAUCAAAGUUCACAGUAUUAAUUUACAGAUAUCUGCAGUUAUAUCUGGAGAGAAACGGCCAAUCUGUUGAUCCCAUAUGUUGUCUCUCCCCCUCCAUUUGUUCAGAACCUGGUAUUUAUAUCCUAUGUAACAUAAUAUGGCGUGAUUUUAAUAAACCAAUCCCCGGCUUUCACAUAUCUCCAAAUGUCCUCUAUUCCAAGAAACCUAUGUAGCAAUGCUUUUCCAAAUGCUUCAGCAAAGCAGAGUAAAGUUCAUCUAUUACACCAUUUGCAAACAUCAGCAAAAUCAAUAGACCUUCAGACACUACACUGUCUAGGUGGUCUACCCUGACAUUGGUCCUGUCAUGUUGCUAUCUAGGUGGUCUACCCUGACAUUGGUCCUGUCAUGUUGCUGUCUAGGUGGUCUACCCUGACAUUGGUCCUGUCAUGUUGCUGUCUAGGUGGUCUACCCUGACAUUGGUCCUGUCAUGUUGCUGUCUAGGUGGUCUACCCUGACAUUGGUCCUGUCAUGUUGCUGUCUAGGUGGUCUACCCUGACAUUGGUCCUGUCAUGUUGCUGUCUAGGUGGUCUAUCCUGACAUUGGUCCUGUCAUGUUGCUAUCUAGGUGGUCUACCCUGACAUUGGUCCUGUCAUGUUGCUGUCUAGGUGGUCUACCCUGACAUUGGUCCUGUCAUGUUGCUGUCUAGGUGGUCUACCCUGACAUUGGUCCUGUCAUGUUGCUGUCUAGGUGGUCUACCCUGACAUUGGUCCUGUCAUGUUGCUGUCUAGGUGGUGUACCCUGACAUUGGUCCUGUCAUGUUGCUGUCUAGGUGGUCUACCCUGACAUUGGUCCUGUCAUGCUGCUGUCUAGGUGGUCUACCCUGACAUUGGUCCUGUCAUGUUGCUGUCUAGGUGGUGUUACCCUGACAUUGGUCCGGUCAUGCUGCUGUCUAGGUGGUCUACCCUGACAUUGGUCCGGUCAUGUUGCUGUCUAGGUGGUCAACCCUGACAUUGGUCCUGUCAUGUUGCUGUCUAGGUGGUCAACCCUACAUUGGUCCUGUCAUGUUGCUGUCUAGGUGGUCUACCCUGACAUUGGUCCUGUCAUGUUGCUGUCUAGGUGGUCUACCCUGACAUUGGUCCUGUCAUGUUGCUGUCUAGGUGGUCUACCCUGACAUUGGUCCUGUCAUGUUGCUGUCUAGGUGGUCUACCCUGACAUUGGUCCUGUCAUGUUGCUGUCUAGGUGGUCUACCCUGACAUUGGUCCUGUCAUGUUGCUGUCUAGGUGGUCUACCCUGACAUUGGUCCUGUCAUGUUGCUGUCUAGGUGGUCUACCCUGACAUUGGUCCUGUCAUGCUGCUGUCUGAAUCCUCUGUGAAGGACUUGAGCAGUAGGCUGGAGAAGGAGGUCACUGUGGCACGGUUCCGACCCAGCAUCGUUGUCAGCGGUUGUGACGCUUUUGAUGAGGUACGGUUUUGUUGUUUUCAACUUUAUCAACACGCAUCAACACACAUCAACAUGUAUACAUCAAAACACAUCAACAUGUAUACAUCAAACAACAUCAACACACAUUAACAUGUAUACAUCAAACAACAUCAACACACAUCAACAUGUAUACAUCAAACAACAUCAGAUACAGCGCCUUCGGAAAGUAUUUAGACCCUUUGACUUUUUCCACAUUUUGUUACGUUACAGCCUUAUUCUAAAAUUGAUUAAAUUGUUUUUUUCCUCAUCAAUCUACACACAAUACCCCAUAAUGACUAAGCAAAAACAGGUUUUUAGACAUUUUUGCUAAUGUAUAAAAAAUAAAAAUGGAAAUAUCGCAUUUACGUAAGUAUUCAGACCCUUUACUCUGUACUUUGUUGAAGCACCUUUGGCAGCAAUUACAGCCUCGAGUCUUCUUGGGUAUGACGCUACAAGCUUGGCACACCUGUAUUUGGGGAGUUUCUCCCAUUCUUCUCUGCAGAUCCUCUCAAGCUCUGUCAGGUUGGAUGGGGAGCGUCGCUGCACAGGUAUUUUCAGGUCUCUCCAGAGAUGUUCGAUCGGGUUCAAGUCCGGGUUCUGGCUGGGCCACUCAAGGACAUUCGGAGACUUGUCCCGAAGCCACUCCUGCGUUGUUUUGGCUGUGUGCUUAGGGUCGUUGUCCUGUUGGAAGGUGAACCUUCACCUCAGUCUGAGGUCCUGAGCGCUAUGGAGCAGGUUUUCAUUAAGAAUCUCUCUGUACUUUGCUCCGUUCAUCUUGGCCUCGAUCCUGACUAGUCUUCCAGUCCCUGCCGCUGAAAAAAAUCCCCCACAGCAUGAUGCUGCCACCACCAUGCUUCACUGUAGGGAUGGUACCAGGUUUCCUCCAGACGUGACACUUGACAUUCAGGCCAAAGAGUUCAAUCUUGGUUUCAUCAGACCAAGCGGGCUGUCAUGAGCCUUUUUCUGAGGAGUGGUUUCCGUCUGGCCACUCUACCAUAAAGGCCUGAUUGGUGGAGUGCUGCAGAGAUGGUUGUCCUUCUGGAAGGUUCUCCCAUUCUCCCAGUUUGUCUGGGUGGCCAACUCUAGGAAGAGUCUUGGUGGUUCCAAACUUCUUCGUUUUAAGAAUGAUGGAGGCCACUGUGUUCUUGGGGACCUUCAAUGCUGCAGACAUUUUUUGGUACCUUUCCCCAGAUCUGUGCCUCAACACAAUUCUGUCUCAGAGCUCUACGGACAAUUCCUUCGACCUCAUGGCUUGGUUUUUGCUCUGACAUGCACUGUCAACUGUGGGACCUUAUAUAGACAGGUGUGUGCCUUUCCAAAUCAUGACCAAUCAAGUUGUAGAAACAUCUCAAGUAUGAUCAAUGGAAACAGGAUGCACCUGAGCGCAAUUUCGAGUCUCAUAGCAAAUGGUCUGAAUACCUAUGUAAAUAAGGUAUUUCUGUUUUUAAGAUCUUAUACAUUUGCAAACAUUUCUAAAAACCUGUUAUCACUUUGUCAUUAUGGGGUAUUGUGUGUAGAUUUCUGAGGUUUUAAAAAAAUGUAAUGCAUUUUUAGAAUAAGGCUGUAACGUAACAAAAUGUGGAAAAAGUCAAGGGGUCUGAAUACUUUCCGAAGGCACUGUAUAUAGUUUUAGUAAAGUCUCGUUUAUUCUGUAAUUGAGGACAUAGGUUAUAUUGGUAUAUCCAGAGUUCCUAUUCAAUUCUAUAUGUAAUUCUAUGGGUAUAUCGGCUCUGUCGUAGCCGGCCACGACCGGGAGACCCAUGGGGCGGCACACAAUUGGCCCAGCGUCGUCCAGGGUAGGGGAGGGAAUGGCCGGCAGGGAUGUAGAGCAUGGCGUUUGCAACGCCAGGGUUGUGGGUUCAAUUCCCACGGGGGGCCAGUAUAAAAAAAAAAAAAAAAAAAAAAAAAAAAAGAUAAUGUAAGUCGCUCUGGAUAAGAGCGUCUGCUAAAUGACUAAACAUUAAAAAAAUAAUAUAUUCUUUGGAUACUUGUCCUGAAGUGAGGCUAAAAGUGAGGCUAAAAGUGGACUCUUGUAAUUGCACUUAGUCAUAAUUUUGUUCCAGUGUGUUCGGGGUUGAGGAUACUAAUCCUAUUCCCAUAAACAAUACGUUAACUUGAUCUUGCUCUUGGUCAGGAUUCUUGGGAAGAUAUCCAGAUUGGCAAUGUACGGCUGCACCGUGUGAUGGCGUGUGGAAGGUAAUGUGGUCUUAACUACUGAUCAUCGUUAUCAUCACCACAAGCUUACUCCAGUUGCUACGGGCACUAUCAAGGUUUACUAUUGUCGCGACCCCGUGUUUAUAUAGCUUUUAAAAUAUAUUAUAGUGUUUAUAUAGUUGUAUAUAAUCUAGUGACCCUGUGGUUAUAUAGUUGUAUAUAAUCUAGUGACCCUGUGGUUAUAUAGUUGUAUAUAAUCUAGUGACCCUGUGGUUAUAUAGUUGUAUAUAAUCUAGUGACCCUGUGGUUAUAUAGUUGUAUAUAAUCUAGUGACCCUGUGGUUAUAUAGUAUAUAAAAAAAACUAUAUAAAGACAGGGUCACUAUAUUAUAUUAAACUACUGUUAAGGUGUUAAGUAGAGGAUGUCAUCCUUAUUUGUCAUCAUUAUCAGAUGCAUCUCCACCACGGUUGACCCUGAAACAGGAGUCAUCACCAGGAAACAGCCACUGGAUACACUCAAAAGGUAACAGAGUAGCUUGCACUAUAUAUUCUGAACAAAAAUAUAAACGCAACAUGUAAAGUGUUUCAUGAGCUGAAAUAAAAGAUCCCCGAAAUGUUCCAUACGCACCAAAAGCUUAUUUCUCUCAACUUUUGUGCACAAAUUUGUUUACAUCCCUGUUAGUGAGCAUUUCUCCUUUGCCAAGAUAAUCCAUCCACCUGACAGGUGUGGCAUGUCAAGAAGCUGAUUAAACAGCAUGAUCAUUACACAGGUGCACCUUGUGCUGGGGACAAUAAAAAGGCCAUUCUAAAAUGUGCUGUUUUUUCACACAACACAAUGCCACAAAUGUCAAGUUUUGAGGGAGCGUGCAAUUGGCAUGCUGACUGCAGGAAUUUCCACCAGAGCUGUUGCCAGAGAAUUUAAUGUUAAUUUCUCAACCAUAAGCCGCCUCCAAUGUCGUUUUAGAGAAUUUGGCAAGUCGUCCAACCGGCCUCACAACCGCAGACCACGUGUAACCACACCAGCCCAGGACCUCCACAUCUGGCUUCUUCACCUGGGGGAUCGUCUGAGACCAGCCACCCGGACAGCUGAUGAAACUGGGGGUUUGCACAACCGAAGAAUUUCAGAGCAAACUGUCAGAAACCGUCUCAGGGAAGCUCAUCUGCGUGCUCGUCGUCCUCACCAGGGUCUUGACCUGACUGCAGGUCGGCGUGGUAACCAACUUCAGUAGGCAAAUGCUCACCUUCGAUGGUCACUGGCACACUGGAGAAGUGUGCUCUUCACGGAUGAUUCCCGAUUUCAACUGUACCGGGCAGAUGGCAGACAGUGUGUAUGGCGUUGUGUGGGCGAGCGGUUUGCUGAUGUCAAUGUUGUGAACAGAGUGCCCCAUGGUGGCGGUGGGGUUAUGGUAUGGGCAGGCAUAAGCUACGGACAACAAAGACAAUUGCAUUUUAUCGAUGGCAGUUUGAAUGCACAGAGGUACUGUGACGAGAUCCUGAGACCCACUGUCGUGCCAUUCAUUCGCCGCCAUCACCUCAUGUUUCAGCAUGAUAAUGUCGCUAGGAUCUGUACACAAUUCCUGGAAGCUGAAAAUGUCCCAGUUCUUCCAUGGCCUUCAUACUCACCAGACAUGUCACCCAUUGAGCAUGUUUGGGAUGCUCUGGAUCGACAGCGUGUUCCAAUUCACGCCAAUAUCCAGCAACUUCGCACAGCCAUUGAAGAGGAGUGGGACAACAUUCCCACCAGCCAUAAUCAACAGCCUGAUCAACUUUAUGCGAAGGAGAUGUGUCGCGCUGCAUGAGGCAAAUGGUGGUCACACCAGAUACUGACUGGUUGUCUGAUCAACGCCCCUACCUUUAUAAAAAAGGUAUAUGUGACCAACAGAUGCAUAUCUGUAUUCCCAGUCAUGUGAAAUCCAUAGAUCAGGGCCUAAUGAAUUUAUUUCAAUGGACUGAUUUUGUUAUAUGAACUGGAACUCAGUAAAAUCUUUGUUGCGUUUAUAUUUUUGUUCAGUGUAGGAUAUAAGUCUAUGAUAGAAAGACUAUCUGUCAUUGGGCUUGUUCGAUAUUGCAGCUUGAUAGUGCAAGUAACUGCUUACUGACUGAUCUACAAAUCACUUUGCAUCAUACAUAUCUACUCAUUAUUAUUUGAAGAUCAGUCAGUCACAAUUUGCCCACAAUGCAUUACAAAAUUUGAUUCUCUUGAAAACUGCCAUCUAUGAUAAAGUACUAUGUGGCUAAGAGGCCAAUGUGGAUAUUACUGAGCAGGGCUUCUGUCUCCUACUGUCUGUCUGCACAGGGCUUCUGUCUCCUACUGUCUGUCUGCACAGGGCUUCUGUCUCCUACUGUCUGUCUGCACAGGGCUUCUAUCUCCUACUGUCUGUCUGCACAGGGCUUCUAUCUCCUACUGUCUGUCUGCACAGGGCUUCUGUCUCCUACUGUCUGUCUGCACAGGGCUUCUGUCUCCUACUGUCUGUCUGCACAGGGCUUCUAUAUCCUACUGUCUGUCUGCACAGGGCUUCUGUCUCCUACUGUCUGUCUGCACAGGGCUUCUAUCUCCUACUGUCUGUCUGCACAGGGCUUCUGUCUCCUACUGUCUGUCUGCACAGGGCUUCUGUCUCCUACUGUCUGUCUGCACAGGGCUUCUGUCUCCUACUGUCUGUCUGCACAGGGCUUCUGUCUCCUACUGUCUGUCUGCACAGGGCUUCUAUCUCCUACUGUCUGUCUGCACAGGGCUUCUAUCUAUCUGUAGCUGAGCAGGGCUUCUAUCUCCUGUCUGUCUGCACAGGGCUUCUAUCUCCUACUGUCUGUCUGCACAGGGCUUCUAUCUCCUACUGUCUGUCUGCACAGGGCUUCUAUCUCCUACUGUCUGUCUGCACAGGGCUUCUAUAUCCUACUGUCUGUCUGCACAGGGCUUCUAUCUCCUACUGUCUGUCUGCACAGGGCUUCUGUCUCCUACUGUCUGUCUGCACAGGGCUUCUAUCUCCUACUGUCUGUCUGCACAGGGCUUCUAUCUCCUACUGUCUGUCUGCACAGGGCUUCUGUCUCCUACUGUCUGUCUGCACAGGGGCUUCUGUCUCCUACUGUCUGUCUGCACAGGGCUUCUGUCUCCUACUGUCUGUCUGCACAGGGCUUCUAUCUCCUACUGUCUGUCUGCACAGGGCUUCUAUCUCCUACUGUCUGUCUGCACAGGGCUUCUAUCUAUCUGUAGCUGAGCAGGGCUUCUAUCUCCUACUGUCUGUCUGCACAGGGCUUCUAUCUCCUACUGUCUGUCUUCACAGGGCUUCUAUCUCCUACUGUCUGUCUGCACAGGGCUUCUAUCUCCUACUGUCUGUCUGCACAGGGCUUCUAUCUCCUACUGUCUGUCUGCACAGGGCUUCUAUCUCCUACUGUCUGUCUGCACAGGGCUUCUAUCUCCUACUGUCUGUCUGCACAGGGCUUCUGUCUCCUACUGUCUGUCUGCACAGGGCUUCUAUCUCCUACUGGUCUGUCUGCACAGGGCUUCUAUCUCCUACUGUCUGUCUGCACAGGGCUUCUGUCUCCUACUGUCUGUCUGCACAGGGCUUCUAUCUCCUACUGUCUGUCUGCACAGGGCUUCUAUCUCCUACUGUCUGUCUGCACAGGGCUUCUAUCUCCUACUGUCUGUCUGCACAGGGCUUCUGUCUCCUACUGUCUGGUUUCCUACUUCUGCACAGGGCUUCUAUCUCCUACUGUCUGUCUGCACAGGGCUUCUAUCUCCUACUGUCUGUCUGCACAGGGCUUCUAUCUCCUACUGUCUGUCUGCACAGGGCUUCUAUCUCCUACUGUCUGUCUGCACAGGGCUUCUAUCUAUCUGUAGCUGAGCUACAGUUCUAUGAUAUAGAACCACUAGAACUAGCUUAUAGAAAGUUAUUAACUCCUCCGGCGUCUUUGCUUUCCAGCUAUCGAAUGUGUGACCCAUCCCAGAAGAACAUCUAUAAGGCAGCUCCUCUGUUUGGACAGAUGUACAUCGUCAGCAAGACAGGGAUCCUCCAGGUUGGAGAUGUGGUGUACAAGACCGGCCACUGA